UAUCUUUUUGGAUUGAUGUCUGCUCCGGUCCUAGUGGCGGUGGUGUGCUGCGCCCAAAGUGUCAAUGAUCCCGGUAACAUGUCAUUUGUGAAAGAGACAGUGGAUAAACUAUUAAAGGGUUAUGACAUCCGCCUAAGACCCGACUUUGGAGGUUCUCCAGUUUCUGUUGGAAUGAAUAUAGACAUCGCCAGCAUUGAUAUGGUCUCUGAAGUCAACAUGGACUAUACUCUGACCAUGUAUUUUCAGCAGUACUGGAGAGACAAGAGAUUAGCCUAUACCGGAAUUCCUCUUAACCUCACUCUUGACAACCGAGUGGCAGACCAGCUGUGGGUUCCUGACACGUAUUUUCUAAAUGACAAAAAGUCAUUUGUACAUGGAGUGACAGUAAAAAACCGCAUGAUCCGUCUCCAUCCAGAUGGGACAGUUUUAUACGGCUUAAGAAUAACAACAACAGCAGCAUGCAUGAUGGACUUAAGAAGAUACCCAUUGGAUGAACAGAACUGUACACUGGAAAUAGAAAGCUAUGGCUACACAACAGAUGACAUUGAGUUCUACUGGAGAGGGGGUGAAAAUGCUGUAACUGGUGUUGAGAGGAUAGAACUUCCUCAGUUUUCCAUAAUGGAUCACAAGUUGGUGUCCAAGAAUGUUGUGUUUGCCACAGGCUCAUAUCCUAGACUCUCCCUGAGCUUCAAGUUAAAAAGAAAUAUUGGAUACUUUAUUCUUCAGACCUACAUGCCAUCUAUAUUGAUUACAAUAUUAUCCUGGGUAUCAUUUUGGAUCAACUAUGAUGCAUCAGCAGCAAGAGUUGCACUAGGAAUAACUACUGUCCUGACUAUGACAACCAUCAAUACUCACCUCCGGGAGACAUUGCCUAAGAUCCCAUAUGUAAAAGCCAUUGACAUGUAUUUGAUGGGAUGCUUUGUAUUUGUGUUCUUGGCCUUACUGGAAUAUGCCUUUGUUAACUAUAUCUUCUUUGGGAGAGGCCCGCAAAUGCAAAAGAAGCUGGCAGAGAAAACAGCCAAGGCAAAUAAUGAUCGCAACAAAAUUGAAAGCAAUAGGGUAUGGUAUAAGUCUUUACAUAUUCAAGUGGAUGCACAUGGGAACAUACUCCUAACAACUCUUGAAAUCCAUAAUGAAGUCACUGGAAAUGAAAUUACCACAAGCAUUACAGAUUCCAGGAAUUCAACAACAUCUUUUGACAACUCAGGGAUUCAGUAUAGAAAGCAAAGUGUGAGUCGAGAUGGACUUGGUCGGCGCACAGUGGACAGAACAGCACCACAUGGCAAGAAAAAUCAUCUAAGGAGGAGAUCUUCGCAGCUAAAAAUUAAAAUUCCAGACCUAACAGAUGUGAAUGCUAUAGACAGGUGGUCUAGGAUGAUCUUUCCAGUUACUUUUUCACUUUUCAACCUAAUCUAUUGGUUAUACUAUGUCAACUAA